AUGACGGAAGGUGUUUCGGUCAAGGAUACUUCAAACUGCWGCUGGAUUUGUAGAAAAGCAGGACAUCUGUCGAGAGAUUGCCCCAGUAAGCGUAAGAAUACGUGUUACGGUUGCGGAGCUGAAGGGCAUAUACGGCCGAAUUGUCCUUUGCGAGACGACCAAGCUAGUGUUGCCGUGGUAUGUCGGGAGGUCGCCACGCAUCCGUACCGCCGCGUUGGACGGAUAAACGGGCGCGAAGUUGACGUAUUGCUCGACACAGGCUGUCAUCCGGUAUUGAUCAAGGCGAGUGUCACCGUGAGCUGUGGGCUUUCCAUCAAGCCUGUGGAUAAGCCGCUUUACGGGCUCGGCAGUACGACGGUGCCGUCAGUGCGAGCUGUUGGCAUGACGCGAGCGUCCGUCGCCGUUGACGACGUAUGUCCAGGUUUAGUGACAUUAUUGGUUGUAAGCGACACGGUACAGGUGCCUGAUAUCAUCAUUGGACGCGCAUGGCUAGACCUACCAGAAGUCGCUUAUCAUAAGUCCGGCGGAAGAUUAUACAUAUAUAAAGCGGAACCGUGUGAGGGUGGAACUGAAGUCGCAGUUGAUACGUUGGGGAACGAAGCGGACUACCUGCAUGCCGUCGAGGUGGACGUCCUGCCGGUAAAGGAGCAUUUGCGUACAACGGAUUUUGGGUACGUUAACUCUGAAUUGUCCGUCGACGACGAAGCAGCGUUGUUAGGGCUGGUCAACGAAUAUCGCGAUUGUUUCGCAACAAGUUUGGAUCAACUUGGGUGCACGCCACUUAUGACCGUGGGAAUUCAUGAGGUGCCCAAUAGUCGGCCAGUAGUUUGCAGGCCAUAUAAGACGACGCGCGCCGAUCGUGAAGAGAUCGCCAAGAUCGUGCGAGAGUGGAAAUCGAGCGGAGUGGUCGUCGAUACGGUCUCUCCAUAUGCGAGCCCGGUACUGCUUGUAAAACAAGAAAGGAGAAAAGUUCUGUUGGGGCGAAGAGCAUGA